GCUUUCAGGAACGCGUUCUCUUAAAUAACGUCGACUCAGAGUUGAGAGGUGAUGACGAGAGCAACGCGGAAGAGAACAAAGAAGACAACAUGCUAAAAUUGGAGCGUGCUGGAUAUUUGAUAAGACUUUAUCCCUCCCUAACAUCAUCUUCAAUAUUUCUAUCCAUUUAA